CACCUCUACUUCUGAGUCACUAGGCGGCUUUUAUAAAAACAACAAUAAAAAAAAUCUCAGCCGCCUGUUCUCAAUUAAAACGUCAAAUUGUGACUCAGACUAGAAAUUGCCGCGUCGUGAACAAAUAGCUUUAGUCGAGCGAAUAAAUUUCCUGAAACAAGUCAAACAUGGCUGAUCCACGCAUUCGUCAGUUGGUAAUCAAGACAGGAGUCGUUAAGCGCCUGUCCAAGGAGAAGUCCGUGUACGAAAAGGAGGUCCUGACGGAAAAGGCCAGGAUGGAGAAAUUCAAGGGCGAGGGUGCCGAUGACCAUGUCCUGCGCAAGCAGGAGGAAGUCAUUGCCGAAUGCGAAAUGAUGAUCCCCGACUCCAAGAGGAGGCUGCAGAAGGAGUUUGAGGUCUUGAAGAAGUAUCUGGAUGAUGAGCAGGAUCUGAAGGAGACGGAGGAAUACUCCAAGGCUGCAAAUGUCCUUACAGAGGCCAAGGCGGUCCUAGAAACCUAAGAACAAAGUGACAGCGGCGCACAUUCCCCUUAAAACUCCGCAAUUAUUGCAUAUUACUGAGUGCAUCAGCCCUUUUAUCCAGUGUUGGCUAAGCUGGAGACCUCAAGCUGCUGAGCAGCCUUUAAUUCUAAAGUAUUUGCAGCCUCUUUUAGAUUUAAUACCCCAUUUUGUUCGGAUUUAUAAUAAAACAGAAAAUAUAACAUUCAAAACAAAAUCA